UAAACUGUGCCAAUCAUACUAACUCUACGGCGACAGUACAAUUCUACGUGUCUUGCUUUCUAUAAACUCGCCAUGCACGGUGAGUAGAGCUAGUGCUGUGCAAAAUGCUUAUUAGAACGGGUUUCCUCUUGAUCGCUGUGGUCCUAUCGCGUACCGUUGCUGACUUAGAAGUGAGCGAAGAGACCGAGAGUAGCACUGAUGAGCUAGGUGUAGGUGUACUCGGUACAUUGGUUAACGUAUCGGCCAGCCAACUGCAACGCCAGUCAACUAUUACCGGUUUGUGCGACGGUGUAAAACAGCUAGUAUGUGAUACAUGCAACUCAUUUCGCGUCUGCUUGGGUUCGGAGCUUGGCGCAACAGUCGCAUGCCCCACUGACCAGCCGUACUGUAACUACGGGACCACCUCAGACUAUUGUUCCAGUGCUCCAAUACCAAAUGUAUGCACUGAAGGUACAGAAAACGUUCCAGUUACAUGCUCAGCUGUCGGAAUCUUACCAGAUGCUAGCAACUGUCGUAUCUACCAUGGAUGCACCACCAUUGGGCAGAGCUCGUCAAUUUACAGAUGCCCUGCUGGAUACGCGUUUAAUCCUGCCCUGGAGCUGUGCGGUUUGGAGAAUGUGUUUUCACGCUGCGUCAAGAUGCAAUGUACUGCUAGCUUCGUUGGCCAUGUACGAUACGGGUUAUCACAGCGGUUCUACGGCUUGUGUGAUGGUACAGGACAAGCUCCCCUUGUUUAUAAAUGCCCGAACAGAUCCAACUUUGCUUUCAUCACCGGUUCCACAUUUGGCGAGUGUGCGUAUGUGUGUCCUGGACAGGGGAACUACCCCAACAGUAACAAUCCCAAGGCAUACUUUCAAUGUUUCUGGGCAAACCGACGGCUACGCUACAACUUAGUGCUCUGUCCUGGCGAUUUGACGUUCAACAGCCGUCUACAGUACUGCGUCUGAUAGCUGUUAUAGUAGAGCUUUGACUGUGUUUUAAAGGACCAUGUAUCUCAUAUAAGAAGCAUUCGCUCAAUAACCAUUAUAAUGCAGUUUUUGUUAUGGCUUUUUAUUUCAACAGGCGUAGACUAGUUAUGCCCAGCUGAUCAAACGCUGUGUUGUUACCGUUUGUUCAGUCUUAUCAAGGAAUCGAUCAUCAGAUCGGUACCAGGAUUCGGCUAGUUCAAUCUUUACUCGAUCGAUCGUUAUCCAUAUCGAUCAACAAUCCUUUUUUAAAGUAAAGGAAAUAUUUGCUAAAUCUAAAUAUUGCAUAUCAGAACCAUUCUACUUACGCAAGUUAAGUCCCUUUGGGAUCCAUAUAACAAGUUUCACAUAUUUAUACCAAUUUAUUCGUUAAUAUCAACAUAUUUAUAAUUCAUAGCAAUACGGCGGGACAGUUCUUCAUGAAUAAAAAAAUACGAUCAUUCAUCGUAAAAAUUGUUUUA